CCGCCGCGUGCGUACCAUGCCGAGUGGUCGCGGACUGAGAGCAGUGUUGCUAGUUGCGGCUGUGGUGCUGGCGUCAUCACAGUGUCGUAGUGUAGUGGCCAUCAAGAAGGGCAACAGUAGCAGCGUUUUGCUGCAACACCAGCUCUACAAUCACCACCAACUGCAACCACCAUUAUCCUUCAUCCAGGAACACCAAAAUAAAUUACUCGUACCACCACCACCAUCAGCACCUUCUGCAGCUUCGACAGCGACAGAGGACGCUGGCGAUUUCUUGCCCAUUAGACCUCCAAGUUUGGGUCACCAAAAUCCAAGACUGAAGCAAAUUACCCGUCGGUAUCAAGAAAAGCAGCAGCAGAAGCGACACACGCUACUAGCGUUGGUGCGAGCAGCCAUACCUUAUCCUCCUCCUUCUGCCAGCAACGUCCACCCGCACCUCUUCCGACGACCUGGCGGUCCUCCUUCGACUGCGUUCGCCCAGGAACCUCAUUUCUUGCAGAGGCAGAGGCGGAAACUUGCAGGACCUGCUUUCCUGCAGCAGGAGCAGAAUGAUGGUUUGCAAGAGACCUCUGAAGAUGUCGGGGAAGAUGGCCUAAGCCCCAGUCUAUGGCUUCACAAAAGAGGAGGAGGCCUCUCCUCAUCGCCGGCUACUGAAGAGGCCAUGGCCCGGACUGCUGGAGGUGAAAACAUCAAGUCCAUGGGGACCGUGCCUGAGGGGAUCAAAUCAGAUCCCGGAGGGGGUGAGGGCAGUGAUGGGGCUAGUAAAGCCCUCAUGGAAGGGGAAGGUGACUCCAUGGAAGCAGAAUAUGGGGAGGAAGGGGAAGAGCAGACAGACGCAGGGCAGGAGGAAGUCAACUUAGGGCUGCAGCAGGUGGGGAGUAGCAUCAACCACGCCUUCUUCAGGAGUGCCCGCAGCAGCGCCAGGCCCUACGACGUCCCGCAGAUCGGCCCCGAGCCCACCACCCUAAGCCCCUAUCCCAGCACCCUAAGCCCCGAGCCCAGCUCCCUAAGCCCCGAGCCCAGCACUCUAAGCCACGAGCCCACCACCCUAAGCCCCGAGCCCAGCACUCUAAGCCACGAGCCCACCACCCUAAGCCCAGCACCCUAA